CCGUCGCGUGCUCUUCAUGUCCUGCGUGUGACGCCAUCGUCUCCCGCUUCACAGACCAAUAUCGAGCCAUUCUUUGAUUUUGUUGUUGGGUAUGAGGGCGACUCUUUGUCGUCGCGUAAAAAUAUCGAUGCCGCUGAACUGGAGAGAAUUGUCGAAAGUCACGAAGGCAAGAGCUUGAAUUUGUUGGUUUGGAAUAAUAAGACCCAAGCAACACGAGUGAUAUCAAUCACACCUUCUCGAGCAUGGUCACAACCAUACCCCCAUGCCCCUAACCCACGAGAACAGGAGGCGGAACCUCAACCAUCGUUAUUGGGUCUCAGUAUGCGGAUGUGUGAGCCCGAAUUCGCGGUGGACAAUGUCUGGCAUGUUCUGGAUGUGCUAGAAGGAAGUCCUGCCGAAAGUGCAGGACUUGUUCCGUACGGGGAUUGGAUCAUCGGUUGGUCUGGGGGUGUCCUUAGCGCAGAGGGAGAUUUUUACGAUGUCGUGGAAGCUCACGUAGACAAACCUCUGAGGGUCUAUGUUUAUUCUUACGACUUUGACACUAUUCGAGAAGUUGUUUUGGUACCUAACCGUCAAUGGGGAGGAGAGGGCCUCUUGGGCUGUGUUUUUGGAUUUGGGCUCCUACAUCGCAUUCCUGCACUGCCUACGGACCGGCAACCU